AUGUAUAGCCAUAUAUUGCCAUGUAUUCCCAUGUAUUGCCAUGUAUUGCCAUGUAUUGCCAUGUAUAGCCAUGUAAUGCAAUGUAUAGCCAUGUAUUGCCAUGUAUUACCAUGUAUUGCCAUGUAUUACCAUGUAUACCCAUGUAUACCCAUGUAUAGCAAUGUAUAGCCAUGUAUUACCAUUUAUACCCAUGUAUACCCAUGUAUUGCCAUGUAUUACCAUGUAUAGCCAUGUAUUACCAUCUAUACCCAUGUAUACCCAUGUAUAGCCACGUAUUACCAUGUAUAGCCAUGUAUACCCAUGUAUAGCCAUGUAUUACUAUGUAUACCCAUGUAUUGCCAUGUAUACCCAUGUAUAGCCAUGUAUACCCAUGUAUAGCCAUGUAUUACCAUGUAUACCCAUGUAUAGCCAUGUAAUGCCAUGUAUAGCAAUGUAUAGCCAUGUAAUGCCAUGUACGGCCAUGUAUAGGUACGUGUUACCAUGUAUUGCCAUGUAUUACUAUGUGUUGCCAUAUACUGCCAUUUAUUAUCGUGUAUUACCAUGUAUUGCCAUGUAUUACCAUUUAUCGCCAUGUAUUACCAUGUAUAGCGUCGUAUUGCCAUGUAUAACCAUGUAUUACCAUGUACUGCCAUGUAUAGCCAUGUAUUGCCAUGUAUUCCCAUGUAUUACUAUGUAUUAGCAUGUAUCGCCAUUGUAUUACCAUGUGUUGCCAUGUAUCGCCAUGUAUUACUGUGUAUUUCCAUGUAUCACGAUGUAUUACCAUGUAUUGCCAUGUAUUACCAUGUGUUAUUAUGUAUCACCAUGUAUUUCCAUGUAUUACCAUGUAUCGCCAUGUAUAGCCAUGGAUUGCCAUGUAUUGCUAUGUAUAGCCAUGGGUUGCCAUGUAUCGCCACGCAUUACCAUGUGCUGCCAUGUAUCGCCAUGCAUUACCAUGUAUUGCCAUGUAUUGCUAUGCAUAGCCAUGUAUUACCAUGUACUGUCAUGUAUAGGCAUGUAUUUCCAUGUACUGCCAUGUUUUACCAUGUAUUACCAUGUAUAGCCAUGUAUUACCAUGUAUUGCCAUGUAUUACCAUGUAUCGCCAUNAUUCCGAAGAACUACAAGCUUUCUCGCUGUACAUUCAGCUGUACAAUAACAAUUAUAAUUUCCGAGAAAAAAAAAAAGUAUUGAUGCAAGCCGUAAGCGCUAAGGAUCUAGCCUUUUGAAACCGACAAACGAACUCUCAACAGUUGAAGACGAAGGAGUUUAGAGGAUUUGCCCGCUAUUUUUCGAAUAUUUUUAUAUUUGGUCCCCUGUUGCGCCCGCGCCUCGCUCUGGAGAGGUACUUUAAGUAGGGUUAUUAAAGUGUAUCAAGAAUGCAUUUAAAAUAAUGUAUUGACAUGUAUAAGCCUUGUACUGCCAUGUACUGCCAUGUAUUACCAUGUAUAGCCAUGUAAUACCAUGUAUAGCCAUAUAUUGCCAUGUAUUCCCAUGUAUUGCCAUGUAUUGCCAUGUAUUGCCAUGUAUAGCCAUGUAAUGCAAUGUAUAGCCAUGUAUUGCCAUGUAUUACCAUGUAUUGCCAUGUAUUACCAUGUAUACCCAUGUAUACCCAUGUAUAGCAAUGUAUAGCCAUGUAUUACCAUUUAUACCCAUGUAUACCCAUGUAUUGCCAUGUAUUACCAUGUAUAGCCAUGUAUUACCAUCUAUACCCAUGUAUACCCAUGUAUAGCCACGUAUUACCAUGUAUAGCCAUGUAUACCCAUGUAUAG